AUGGUCUCUUACAAAAGAAAAGCAUUUUUACUAUUUUGGGUGGUUGGCCUGCACGUGGCUACAGCCUCCGAGCCCUGCGUGGACCUGGAUGCAACAGGCUGCCGUAACAACCCGCAGAUCUGUCAAGACAUUCUUCUCGCAGAGGUCACGUGUCCCGUAAUGUGCAAUAAAUGCCCGCAAUCAACCCAACCCCCCUCCUGUCCAGACAGCUGGGAGCUCUUCCAAGGCUCCUGUUACUAUUUCCAAACUGACUACAUGGCGUUCAACGAUUCAGAGAUUUACUGUAACCAAAACAAUGGCCAUCUCGUCCAUAUCAACACCGCAGCUGAACAAGCCUUUGUCAAAAACAAGAUACUUAAUAUAAAUCCCAAUCAAACCUGGUUUAUCGGGCUGACAGAUGUGCAGGUUGAAGGAGUGUACCGAUGGGUUGACAAUGAUGAAGAACUGACACCGAGUGUGUUCAGAGGCUGGUACCCGACACAGCCAUACGAUGCUUACGAUUCCGAAGAUUGUGUAGGAAUGUGGCACACCGUGAAGAUGCUUUGGAACGACAUAUCGUGUACACAAAGGUUUCCUUCAAUUUGUGAACUAAGGGUUGGUCAAGCAUUGGUCGGAUAACAUUGUUCUGGUGACUCAACUUGUCUGGCGUCGACAGUAAAAGGACGCGUCUUAUGAAGUUGAUUUCGUUUCAUUCCUUGACAUGUAGCAUACAUUAAAACAGGAUAAACGAU